UUCUCUAAACUCUCGCUCUCUCCUUCCCUCACAUAUUAACAGGGGUCUUGCUAAUACAUAAAUCAAAGACCCUUCUCUCUAAUCUUCCUUCCCUCGAUCUGUUUCUCUUUAUCAUCAGAGCUUUGAGUAUCGAUCCGCAAAAAUGCCUCUCAGACUUGAGAUAAAGAGGAAACUUGCUCAAAGAUCAGAAAGAGUAAAAUCUGUGGAUCUACAUCCAACUGAACCAUGGAUUCUAGUGAGUUUGUAUUCGGGGACUGUUUGUAUCUGGAACUACCAGUCACAGACCAUGGCAAAAUCUUUUGAGGUCACUGAGCUGCCAGUUAGAUCAGCAAAGUUUAUUGCACGAAAGCAGUGGGUUGUUGCUGGAGCAGAUGACAUGUUUAUUCGUGUAUACAACUACAAUACGAUGGAUAAGAUUAAAGUGUUUGAGGCACAUACAGAUUACAUUAGAUGUGUGGCUGUCCAUCCUACCCUUCCAUAUGUGUUGUCAUCAUCUGAUGAUAUGCUCAUAAAGCUUUGGGAUUGGGAGAAAGGUUGGGUCUGUACUCAGAUAUUUGAGGGACACUCCCAUUAUGUGAUGCAAGUGACAUUUAAUCCGAAAGACACAAAUACUUUUGCAAGUGCAUCCCUUGAUCGUACCAUAAAGAUUUGGAAUCUUGGCUCACCUGAUCCAAAUUUUACACUGGAUGCCCAUCAGAAAGGAGUAAAUUGUGUUGAUUACUUUACUGGUGGUGAUAAACCUUAUCUAAUCACAGGUUCUGAUGAUCACACUGCUAAGGUCUGGGACUAUCAAACCAAAAGUUGUGUCCAGACACUAGAAGGCCACACGCACAAUGUCUCUGCAGUAUGUUUUCAUCCCGAACUUCCUAUCAUUAUUACAGGUUCUGAGGAUGGGACAGUUCGUAUAUGGCAUUCAACAACUUACAGGCUUGAAAACACAUUGAAUUAUGGUCUUGAAAGAGUUUGGGCCGUGGGAUACAUGAAAGGCUCACGCCGUAUUGUGAUUGGUUAUGACGAAGGAACCAUUAUGGUCAAAAUUGGUCGAGAAGAACCUGUCGCUAGUAUGGAUAACAGUGGGAAGAUUAUAUGGGCCAAGCACAAUGAAAUUCAAACUGUGAACAUUAAGAGUGUGGGAGCGGAUUUUGAGGUUACUGAUGGAGAGAGAUUGCCUUUGGCUGUCAAGGAGUUGGGAACAUGUGAUCUUUAUCCACAAAGUUUAAAGCACAAUCCCAAUGGAAGAUUUGUUGUUGUCUGUGGAGAUGGUGAGUACAUCAUAUAUACAGCUUUAGCCUGGAGAAACAGAUCAUUCGGUUCAGCAUUGGAAUUUGUUUGGUCGUUGGAUGGAGAGUAUGCUGUUAGAGAAAGUACAUCAAAGAUUAAAAUUUUCAGUAAAAAUUUCCAGGAAAAGAAGAGUGUCAGACCAACAUUUUCUGCUGAGCAUAUUUAUGGAGGGACUUUGUUGGCAAUGUGUGCAAACGACUUUAUUUGUUUUUAUGAUUGGGCUGAAUGCAGGUUGAUUAGGCGAAUUGAUGUUACUGUAAAAAAUCUUUAUUGGGCUGAUAGUGGUGAUUUGGUGGCAAUUGCUAGUGAUACGUCAUUCUACAUCCUCAAAUACAAUCGCGACCUAGUUUCAUCUUAUUUAGAUAGUGGAAGACCUGUUGAUGAGCAAGGUGUUGAGGAUGCCUUUGAACUUCUCCAUGAAACCAAUGAACGUGUCAGGACUGGCUUAUGGGUUGGGGAUUGCUUUAUUUACAACAACUCUUCCUGGAGACUUAAUUAUUGUGUUGGAGGGGAGGUAACCACCAUGUAUCAUUUGGACCGCCCAAUGUACUUGUUGGGGUAUCUUGCUAAUCAGAGUCGGGUUUAUCUAAUAGACAAGGAAUUCAAUGUUAUGGGAUACACUCUACUUCUUAGCUUAAUCGAGUACAAGACUCUAGUGAUGCGUGGGGACCUGGAAAGAGCCAAUGAAAUUUUACCUUCUAUUCCUAAAGAGCAUCAUAACAGUGUGGCUCGUUUCUUGGAAUCACGGGGUAUGAUAGAGAGUGCUUUGGAGGUAGCUACAGAUCCUGAUUACAAAUUUGAGCUAGCUAUACAGCUUGGCAGAUUGGAGAUUGCAAAGGAAAUUGCCACUGAAGUUCAGAGUGAGUCAAAGUGGAAGCAGCUGGGAGAAUUAGCUAUGUCUACCGGAAAGUUAGAAAUGGCUGAGGACUGUAUGAAGCAUGCAACAGACUUGAGUGGUUUGUUGCUUUUAUAUUCUUCUUUAGGAGAUGCUGAAGGGAUUUCAAAACUUGCAUCUCUCGCAAAAGAGCAAGGAAAGAACAAUGUUGCAUUCCUUUGUUUAUUUAUGUUGGGCAAAGUGGAAGAUUGCCUCCAGCUUUUGGUGGAAACCAAUCGGAUACCCGAGGCUGCUUUGAUGGCACGAUCCUAUCUUCCAAGCAAGGUUUCAGAGAUUGUAGCUAUUUGGAGAAAAGAUCUCAACAAGGUUAACCCAAAAGCUGCUGAAUCUUUGGCUGAUCCUGAUGAGUAUCCAAAUAUGUUUGAUGAUUGGCAAGUGGCUCUAUCUGUUGAAUCUAAAGUUACGGAGACAAGGGGUGUAUAUCCUCCUGCAGAGGAGUACUCAAACCAUGCUGAUAAAUCUCAAAUGACCCUUGUUGAGGCUUUCAGAAAUAUGCAAAUAGAAACUCUUGAAAAUGGAGACUAUGAUCACGAGGCUGCAGAACAAAAUGGAGAUGAAAAGAUAACAGAGGAACACAAUGGAGAAGAAGGGAGCCAAGAGGAGGCUGUUGUGGUGGAUGCUGACUCUACAGAUGGUGCGGUACUUGUCAAUGGAAAUGAAGCUGAGGAAGAGUGGGGUACGAAUAAUGAAGGAACCCUGUCAGCCUAAAAGCAGUUGGUUGGGGCAGUGUGAAAAUUCCAAAUUUUGUCUCUGUGCUUACACCGCAUCACUAGGUCUUCUGUCAAAUACAAUUGGUUCCCUCUGUAUUAGUCCGUUACUUAAGGUGAGAAAAGCUUCCUUAGAUAUGAUGGCUAGGUUUGAGUAGUGACGAGUACAAUUUGAAUUGAGCAUCAGUGCAUGCAACCACUCUAUUUGUUGGUGAAUACUGGAGAAAUUCAACAGGAAGGGAGACAUUCCUGGAUGUUGGACUUCGUGACUGUCGUAUAAUUGAAAUUUUGUAUACCAUUAGGUGUGUGACUUUUGAUGGUUAUGCCACGUAUGGAGCACUUCAGCCCCAUUUAUAACUGAGGUGGUUAUUUUAUUGUACAACGAGACAUGAGCGUCCACACUGACUUGGGCGCACACAAGAUAGGGUUGACAUUUAUUUUUUUGUAGAGCAUUUUAACCAUGGAUGGAAUUUAUUGCUUUAUUUUGGUUGA